CUUCAUUCCAUUUGUGUUUGUCGGUUCUAUGGUUGUGUUUUUAAUUCCGGUGAAAAACUUAUAAAUUUUAGUGUUGUGUUGUAAACAAAUAUAAGCAAAUGUUUAAACAAGUUUUGUUUAAAUGAGUGCAACAACAAUUUUGUGAAAAGUGUCGCAUAAUGGAAAAUAAAAAGGAUAUUUACAAUCUAUGGGUGCAGUAUACGACCAAGAAUGAUGAAUCUUAUUUUCGUGAAUUUAUCGAACGUUUUGUGAGCAUUUGGAAGAGUCAAUUACCGGUGGAUUUUGAACGUGAUGAUCUACCGCUGUGGCACGAGGUGCGUCCAGAUAGUGGUCCACAUCUCGGCCGCUUGCCAGAUGAGUUGCUGCCAGCAAUCGGAAAAUUUAUCAUAAUUGCACGCGAUAGCAGUGAAAAUGGUACACUUGACGAUGAACAGAUACGUCAGAUUGCUGUACUGGUAGAUUGCUUGGUGAUUGUUUGUCGACAUUUUGAUAAUAUUUUGGCAAUUAUAAAAUAUGAAUAUAAAUCGAAUUUAAUUGCAAUUUUGGCCAACACAUUCAAAGAGUGCAUGACCCACCAGCAGGUAUCUCCCGAAGUAGUGCAUCUAUUUCGCAGUUUUUCGCAAUUCCUGGAAGUUAUGUAUGAUCCGUAUUUGACUUGGCGUAGCUUCUUACGCGGCGUCUAUGCAGAUUUUCAUAAAAUACCUUAUAAACCGCACACAGUGCAUGUGGAAAUUGUGCCCUUUAUUUAUGAUUGCUUCCAGCGGGAAGAGCUUACCAAAUUUCCUUCGAUUGGGGAAUGUCUGGUGAAUGCUUUGGGUGCUGUUAUAUGUGGAUCUCAGAAAUCGCUAACAACUCUGACAACUAAAAGUACAGCAAAUUGUGGUGAAGGGCAAGAAAUCUGUGAUAAUUUGCGUAAUGGCAUGCGCGCCAUUUGCCCCGCAACCGUUUCAGUCAUUAUGAAAAUUAUUUCACAGUGGGAAAGUGCCAGUGAACUGCGUGCAGUUGCGCUGAAAUGCUGUGCUCUUAUGAUUGUUGUAUUACAAAAAUCUAGUCCUGAAGAACGCCAAAUAGACUUAGUUACGCUAAUUCAGCUUUACUGUGAUGCUCUGCAAACGCUAUUAACCACUGAUCACUUUCUCAACGGCAAUAGCGUAGCGUUUGAAAUCGCUAGUGAUGAUGAAGCCAGCGAUGCGAUUGUAGAUGUGAAUGCGCUGGCGGCGACCGUCGAGAAUGUCUGUCUCUUCCUCGCCGAUGUGGUGAAGGCGCAUAUUAUCUGUGAAGCGAUUAGCGAGACGGCGCUUGUGGAUGCGCUAAUAAGCAUUCCAAAGCAAAUAAAGGGUUGGAAUAUGAACUAUGCGCCAGUGUUGUGCGCUACCACUAAAGCAUUAGCGGUGAUUACACGCAAUUCGCCCAGUAUUGCGGAACACUUGCGUGUGUACGAUAAAAUAGAGAAAUUCUUCAAGAGCUUAAAAGCUUUGGCAGUGCCUAACGAUACGCUCUUGGACGCCUGCUUCAAUAUGGCCUAUAAUGAGCACAGCCAUUUGCUUGUGCUACCAGAAGUUGUCAUCAAACUGAUUGAGUGGUUGCCCGAGAUGAACGAGCGCGAACAGAUUUACUUAAGCAAUGUGAUACUGCGCGGCUGCACCACCAAUUAUGCAACUAAAUCCGUUGCUUGCGACAAUCGCACCAUUAAAGCUGUCUGCGAGUGCUUGCAUCAGUACGAGCAGCUCGCUGAAAGUUGCAUACAAAAUUUCAUCAAACUCAUUGAGGAGUUGAGCAAAAUUAGCAUCAUUCCGAUUGAAUUGAAGCGCAUAUUUAGUUUGUUGCGUGAGGAGAGCGGUUUUCCACAAUCCAAACAAUUGCUACAAACGUUGAUUGUCUGCUCGCUGCAGAGUCUCAACAACAGCAAUGUCUGCGCGCAGUUUUUCACCAUUAGCGCCCCGAAUGAGGGCAUUGUGGUGCCCGAUAUCAAGAAUUGGUCCAUGUCGGGCUCUUACGGUUUCAUAUUUCACAUGCUCGUGCGGCUGCAAGAAAAUGUGGAUGUGAGUAGUAGUAAGAAAGGCGGCAAAGCUGCUGAUGCUGCGAACGCAAAGGAUACUGAUCGGCCAAAUUGUCGACGCAUGUUGCUGAACUUGCGCACUGCGAGUCACACCGGUUUUGAGGUGUUCAUACAGAAUAGCGGCAAUUUGGUUGUGGCGGCGUUGACGCGUCGCGAAUAUCUCACAUCAGUGGUGCAUACGAAAACAUUGCUGGACGGACAAUGGCAUUAUGUUACCGUCGCGAUUACGCCGCCCAAGCGUCCAUUUUCUUACAGUCAAAUCAAUGUUUACAUUGACUUCAUGCAGAAGCUGAGCGCGACGCUCAAAGUGCAGGCAAUAAAUGAGCCUUUCAACUUCUGCUCAAUCGGUUCAGCAGCGUUGCCAUUGCGUGGUCAUCAGCUCGAACAUCAUGCAGCCAACGCUACUGGCUCAGCUUUCCCGCGUUCAUCAUCACAAGAGUCGGGAAGUUCUUAUAAGGGUGUGCUGCCCAGCCUGCUUGAGCGCACACUCUCAACCAAUGUUUCCAAUUACUUCACACUACCGCUGCGCACACAAAGCUCAUUCGAUCCGAAUGUGAAAAACUUUCCCAUCGGCAUGCAAGACACUGUGUUCGGCGAGCAAACGUGUCUGCGCGGUCAAGUGGGUGCUGUACUCUUGGCAGAGCCCACCACAAAUAUCAAGACCAUAUUCGAUGCGGGAGCACAUUUCCCCUCGAUAUUCUCGCAAGACAAUGAUUUGCUCGAGCUAACAACGCGUUUUGUAUUCUGCUAUGCACCCGGUGGUUAUUGGAGCGAAAGCUGUCAAGAUCUCAUACCGGGCGGUCGUUUUCCAUCGCAAGUCCAGGCACAUCACUGCUCCAUCGUAAAGAUACAGGACACAAUCAAUAGUAUUGGCGGCGUACAGGCGAUUUUGCCGAUUUUACAUCGCCUCACAAAGCAGCAAGAUGACUUUUCACUCUCCAGCGGCGAUGGCAAUGAUUCACUGGGCAGCGGUGAGCAGCUGCGCACACCAACCGCAGAGGAAUUCUCCGAUUGGGAAAUGCUAUCAUCAAAUUCUUACACAGAAUGGAAAAUGAUACAAUUCCCCGUCGCCAGUUUCAUCUGCUUUCUGCGCUACCUCACGCAUGGCCACGAGAACAACCAGGAGAAUAUGCUGAAUAGUGAGUGCCUGCAAAUGGUGGGCGCCAUGCUGCAAAAGUGCUCGCCCAGCAUUUUCGAUGUGAAUGCGCUGAUGGCCACGCAUCUCUUCAUAGAGUCGCUGCAGGGGCAGAAGGCGGAGAGUGGCAAUGCGCAAGGCAAUUCGGCGCUGCUGGAGGUGCUGUACACGGACAUCGCAUUCAACUUUCACAUUUGGGCGCGCAUGAACUUCCAAAUCACGCUCGGCCAUGUGCAGUACCUCAGCGCCAUGAUUAAGAACGAUCGCAAGUACUAUCGCAAGAAAUUCGGCAUACAGUUCUUCUUGGAUGUGGUGCGCGAUCACUAUAGUGCGCCGGACAGCAUUACGCCCGAGGAUGCGAAGACACUGCGCGCCACGCUCUAUGCCAUUGUGCGGUUUUAUCUGCAGAAAGAUGUUAAUAUCAAAGAGAUUUCCACGAUGAUUGCUUUCCUGGCUUCGGUGCGGCAGGAGAAUGUGCUCAUCGAGUUUCUGGAGAUGUUGACCUUCCACAUCAAGGGCAAAAAUUGCAAAGAUCAAAUGAUACUGCUGCUGCACGAACCACAAACGGCAAAUUUGCUGUAUAAUUAUUUUGUGGAUAAGAGUUACAGCACCGAGGUGCAAGAGGCGGCUAUAAGGUUCAUUAAUUGCUUGCUGAGCACUUCGCGUGUGAAUCAGAAAUACAAGCAAAUAUUGCGCCUGCAUGACAACGCCAGCGAUAGCUCACUCUUUCCCGGCUUCUUCUCCUACACCAUACCAAUGACGCUCAGCUCCACCAUACUCUUCCAUCUGGUGGACGAAAUGUUGAGCACUGAUGCGGAUUACGCGGGCAUUAUCUUCCUCGUGCAUCACAUCAGCGCCUGCGAAUUGCCCAUUAAGUUGGAGAUUGCCAAGCGUCUACUGCAGACCACAUUUGUCAAGCAUAACUCACCGCAAGCCAUAGCCAAGCAAUCGGGUUGGCAGGAAUCCAUUGCCCGUCUGCUAAUACACAAACCAAUUACGAAUGUAAAACCCGAUGAGGAGAAGCGCAAGAGUUUUGGCAUUAGUUUGGAUGUCCUGCUGGAGGAUAAUAAUGACUUUGCGAAUCAGUCAGACUUGAUUAGUUUCUGCGAACAGCAAGUAGAAUUGGAUCAGUUAGCCAAAGAGCAUGAUGAUGAGCAAACCGAUGGCGGCCUGAUAUUGAACGAGAUACAAGCGAGCGUUACGGAGGCUGCCAACGUCAUUGAGAGUGAAAUUAAAGAAUUGGCCGAAUCUGUUUCGGGUGCUGUUGUGGAAAAUGUUUCGUCGGUUUUCUCAGUAAUACGUCAAACUACACACGAUAUACAAGACACAUUUGAGUCAUUGACUUUGGGUGGCUCUACUGAGGCCGAGACAACGAGCCUUUCGCGUCAACGCACGGAGUCGAUAAGCUCGGAUAGUUCGACGCAAUCGCCAAAGCGAGUUUUAAAAAAGACCGACUCGGAGAGCAAAACCACCGGCUUUGAAUUUCCACCCGAUGCCGAUGUGGAUAGCGAAGAGCAGCUUGUGUACCUGGUAUCCAAUAUAUUAUUCACCGUUUUCUGGCGUGGCGUGGGCAAUGAUCAUCCGCAGUGUUGGAAGGAACGUGGACAAGUGCUCGGCUGCAUAAAUUUAUUGGCGCUGAAUAAUGAUUUAGUUACAUCUCAUCUCUCUUUGCGUCUGCGUAUAUUGGAAAUGGCGGUGCAGGCAUCGCUUUUCGAUCUAUCCGAGAAUGGCAAUCAGACGCUAAUAAACCAAGAGAACGCCUCACAAAUUCUACGCAUGGUCUAUGACCUGGUCGUGCUUGGUUCGAAUGAGGAUGAAUCGAAGAAAUGUUCCACGAAGCUUUUAGACGGUGUUUUAGCACUCUUAGAUGCUUUGAUGAUAUUCCAACAGGGUUCCUCCGAUGAUUGGUCGGAUAUGAUACGUUUGUGUUUGGGUUUGCUACUGAAAUGUUCAUAUCAUCCCAAUCCAGGUGUGGUUGCUAUGGCAACGGCGAAAUUGCAUGCUAUUCUACAGAGUCGUCACACAGAAGAUCCCAGUGAAUUGGCGUAUUUGUUGUUCAGCAUUAAUCGCGCUUUGGAUAAUGCUAUUGAAGUUGGUAAUCCCGAAGAAUAUUCUUUUCUUAUGCCGGUUAUGAAAGCUUUGCUGGAAAAAUGCCGUAAAGUUUUCAAUUUGGAUAUAAACUUACCUGACUUACCGCCUACCUCAUCGGGACCUGUGUUCUUCAACGAUUUCCAAAUGUAUAGCACAAGCAAAAAGUGGCGAAAUUUCAUCGAACGCAUCGUGAAACCAUUGCACGAUGUGUAUCAACGCGAAAUCGAAUUAAAUCUUUGGGAGCCAAUCAAUCGUUAUUGGGCUGAAUGCUAUGAGGCCUGUAAAGCAGCUUCCAAGAGACGCGGCACUUAUCAAGCGGAAAAUAGACGCAUAUUCAAUCAAAAAAUCGUAAUGCCAUGGAAGGUACGUCAAGUCGAGGAGAUGACACGUCUGAAUGCAGCUACGCUGACGCAAAAGACCACGACGAGUCACAUCAAGAAGCGCUGGAAGAUGGCUAAACGAUUUUUGUAUGGACCGCGUGGUCCAUGGUUUACGGGUAAUUCUCAUGAAGAUGAUUGGAUGCUCUCCAAUCAUGAGAAUGUCGCUCGCAUGCGUCUCAAACUCGAACCACAAUUGUAUCCGAACAAACACGAGAAUGCGGCGAAUUUACGUGAUAAUGCCACAAAUGCCUACGAUCCAAGAGAAAUCUCGGAAUUCGAUUCGACAAUUAAGAGCGCCGUUGUACGUGACUUUUUAGCGGACGAUGAGAAUCUACAACUCGAAGAGGAGUUGCGCCAAUCGAUUGAAGCGCAAUCGCAACAAGAUGUGCCACUGGAGAAAUCAGUUAUUUCACAAGACUGUGAGCUGAUUACACUCAUGACGAAGGUGAAAGGUAAGAUCGAGGUGAAUCAAACGCUUUUCACUUUCAUUGAUUUGAGUCCGCCCUCGGAAGAUGGCUCCAAGCAUGAUUUUCGCUUUCCAAUCAACAAAAUACGCGAGGUGCAUUUGCGUAAAUUCAAUUUGCGGCGCAGCGCUUUAGAGAUAUUUUUAAUCGAUCAAACUAGUUAUUUUCUCAAUUUUACCACAAAGACACGUAACAAAGUUUUUACGAAAAUUUUGAGCUUGCAACCGCCAAAUAUUUUAUAUGGCUCGGGACGUUCUCCGGGCGAAUUAUUGCGCGCUUCGGGACUUACGCAGAAAUGGUUAAACCGUGAGAUUUCAAAUUUCGAAUAUCUUAUGUACUUGAAUACAAUUGCUGGCCGCUCUUAUAACGAUCUCAGCCAGUACCCAGUUUUUCCCUGGAUUUUAUCUGACUAUACCAGUGAUGUUUUAGACUUAACUGAUCCAAAAUCUUUUCGCGAUCUCUCCAAACCUGUUGGUGUGAUCAAUCCCAAAAACGAGGCUGGCGUACGCAUCAAAUACGAGUCGUUUGAAGACCCCUCAGGUGCGAUACCGAAAUUCCACUACGGCACACAUUACUCGAAUUCCGGUGGUGUUCUGCACUAUUUGCUACGCGUGGAACCGUUUACUUCGCUACAUAUUGAGUUGCAAAGUGGUCGCUUCGAUGUGGCCGAUCGGCAAUUCCACUCGAUACCACAAACAUGGAAAUUGCUAAUGGACAAUCCGAAUGAUGUGAAGGAGCUCAUACCGGAAUUCUUUUAUUUUCCUGAGUUUCUCAAAAAUAUGAACAAAUUUGAUUUGGGUCACCUGCAGAUCACAAAAGAAAAAGUGGAUGACGUCAUACUGCCAACAUGGGCCAACACACCGGAGGAGUUUAUAGCUAUACACCGACGUGCUUUAGAAUCGGAAUAUGUGAGUCAAAAUCUACAUCAUUGGAUCGAUUUGAUUUUCGGCUACAAACAAAAAGGCCCCAAAGCUGUCGAAGCGCUCAACGUUUUUUACUAUUGUUCAUACGAAGGUGCGGUCGAUUUGGAUAAAAUCACCAAUCCCGUUGAACGUGAAGCUGUUGAAGGUAUGAUCAACAACUUCGGUCAAGUGCCAUCACAACUGUUGCGUGAACCACAUCCGCGUCGUUUGACACAAGAAGAGACGGCACUCAAGCUGGUGCGCGCCGAAUUGAAACGGCCGGAUCUGACGCAAUUUCUCGAUAAGGUUGUGCAAUAUUAUUGCGAGCUGUCAACACCAAAAGAUCCCAUUGUCUUCCUGAGCGCUCCUCGCAGUCCGCCGCGCUCAUUUCUACAACUCAGUCCGGAUGUGCUAGUCAGCAUAUCGAAGUCAUGUAUACUUGGUGCUAAUUCAUGGAUGUCCUACGAUAAGGAUCGAGGAUUUCUGCUGGAAAUCGAUGCAACAACUACAAAUUUGAAAAACCGCAAACGCAUAUUUGGUCCCUUCCAUCCCUCCCAGAAUCCACAUUCGCAACUAUUCGCCGUGAGCACAGAUGGCAAACUCUUGUAUGCGGGUGGCAUCUGGGAUAACUCACUGCGUGUUUAUAAUUUACAUAAGGGGAAGGCGGUGGCAUCCGUCACACGGCACUUAGACAUCAUCACCUGUCUGGCGUUGGACAACUGUGGCUCUUACUUAGUGACCGGUUCACGCGACUGUACCUGCAUCGUUUGGAGCAUUCAGACGCAACAGUAUGGCAAUGUGCCGGCCAGUUCGAACAUUCCAAUGCAUGCGCUUACAGGGCAGGCGCAUUUGCAGGCUAUCACACAACUGAAUACGCAAAAUGUAUUCUCACCCAAACCAUUAACCACACUUUAUGGGCACGAUGAUGCCAUUUCGAGUGUCGCCAUUUACACUGAAUUGGAUAUGGUCGUUUCGGGAUCACUGGACGGCACUGUGAACGUUUAUACCAUACAGGAUGGUCAAUUUGUGCGCACACUGAAGCCCAUUGGCUGUACUGAGACCUGCGUACAAAUUUCAUACGUUACAGUUUCAUAUCAUGGUCACAUUGCAUUCAGCGCGCUGGACGAUACCUCGCAUUCGGUGCAUGUCUAUAGUAUCAACGGCACUAGUCUCGGUUCCAAGUACGUAUCCGGACGUGUAACUGGAUUGGAUACCGCAACCGACUACUUGGUGGUGGCGGACGAUGCCGGUGAUAUCACCAUGAGUCGUUUGCAUGGCUUGAAACCUGUGUUUGACAUUCCACUGCAUAUUCCGAUACAGACAGUUGUGGUGACACCUGGGAACACACACAUAUUGGCACCGCUACGCGAUGGGCGCUUGGCGGUAAUUGCCGUGCAGGUGCCGGCCGGUAACAAUAAAAAACAUUCCGUACUCAACGUUUAAAUAAAAGUCAAACUACUUAACAACCGAAACGAAAAAACAAAUAACUUUAUGUGGCAAAUAAAUGAAGUGAGCAAACGAAUUUCAUAGUGGGUGUGUAGUUGUAAUGUGUGCUUGUAAUUAGUAUAGCGGCGAAUUAGGCGUUGGAGCAGCACCGAGACGAGUAGAAAACUUCAAAGUGAGAAGAAAAUAAUAAAAAUAAAUUUAAAAAGUAAAAAUGAAAUAUACAUAUGUAUGUUUGUCAGCACAAUAAGCGCCCACGCAAUUCGUUGCUAGUGGCUGAGAAGUGCUUUUGAGUGCUAUUCUCUUGAGAAAUAUAUUUAUACACAUCCAUAUAUAGAAGCAAAAAACACUUUACAACAAUUGUAUGCACUUCAGCUGCUAAUUUGAAGGAUCAAAUACAAAAUAUCCACUUCACUGAUAAUGAAUUGCUGAUUACUGCUGAUGUUUACAACAGCGGGGAAUCGUUAAAAAUAGAACUCAAAGCAAACAAUAAUGAGAAUAGUGCAAAAAAGCUUUAGUAGGAGUUACAGUGGAAAAAUUUGUGUUUUAAAAAUAAACUGUAAACAGUUGAAGCAAAAAAUGUAAACAGAAACAGGUUGAGCGCCUAAAAGCGCGCUACAGUUGUUGGGAGCAUAUACUAAAACAAGUUACUUAUAUGUUAACUAGUAACUGUUCAUUUGUUGUGCACACUAGCAGCAAUUUGUUUACUCAGCACCCAUUUUACUAGUUCGUUUGUCGCUUAGCAUAUUUCUUUCUAUGUUUGUAUGUAUGUACUGAUAUGUAAUUGUAUUAAUUACUUAGUGAUUUGCAAUGGAUUAAAAGUCCUUAACACAUUUGUAUUGUAAUCUUAUUACUACUAAUUCAUUAUUUUCGUCUGCAUGUAAUCUAGAUGUAAUUAAAGUUUGUGAAUUAGCAUUAAAUACUGUCCAAUUAAAUAUUAAGUCCCAUUUUCGCUUGUUUUAAAUAAAAAAAAGAAACAAAAAAUUCUUCUUAAUAUCUGCUCAUCUCAGCAGUUCACAUCACCCAUCACUAAAUUGUUGUCUGUCUAAUCAGAGCACUCAAUCCUUAUAAAAGCUGUAUAAAAUAAUUUUUUAAACAAAUAAGUCUACUAAAUUUCUACAAAUAUUUCCAAAAUUUUUAAUUAAUUACUGCUUAUUUACUUUCAAACAUAAGAUAUCAGAGUCGAAUUAAAUGUUUUAAAUCGAUUUUGAGCAAGCUGUUUCCUUCAACGACAGAUUUGCAUUGUUAAUGAUUAAAAAUUAUAUAGAAAUAAUACCAAUUGUAUAUUUCGAGGAUAAAGACAGUUCUUUUUUUCUAAAUUCCUAGAUUAAUAGUAUGUAUAUCUAAAAACAACAUUCCUUAAGGACCUUUGAAAGCUUAAAUACACACUUAUUAUCUACUAUCUAUCUAUAAAAUGCUGAUUUCGAUCUUCCGUCUUCGAUAGGGCACCGAACAAAAACUAUUUCAAUAAUUUUGAACAUUCUUUUUACGAAAAGGCUUUACUACGUCAGCUGUUCAAACAAACUGUUACUCGAAAUCGGUUAAGUGUGAAGUUGGCUGCGAAAAAUUUAAUAAAAAAAGCUAUUGCCAUUAAAUGAAAUUACUUAAUGAACGACCCAAUAUAUAAAAUCUUCCGAAAAUGAAAUAUUGUAUAAUCUUUAUGCAUGUUGAAACUUGAAAUAAAAAUUUAAAAAAUUAAAAAAUAUAUAUUUUAUUUUUAUGCUGAAAAAAUUAGAAAUUCAUUCAUAUAUUCAAAAAUUCUCUUCUGUAUUUAAAGCUACCACGAUUUAAAAAAAUAUAAGCAAUUUCCCUGCAUUAUUCUUAGAUAUAUGUUUUAAUUGUUUCGCAUAAAAAAUGUUUGGUUAUAAUUUUAAAAUGUUAUCCGUUUCGAUCGAAAAAUUUUACGUCGGAAUCAUUGAAACCGACCCGACUCGAAAGAAUACAUUCCGCGGCUAAUAGACGUCGCUAAUUACGAAAUCAUUGAAUCCGCAAAAUCGAAAAUUUUGCUCAAAAUCUAUCCGUUGAUGAGUGAGUUGCGGAAAUUUAAAAGAAGUAAACCAUUUGGAAGUUUUUUA